AUGACCUCCAUCACCUCCGUCGAGUUGAAUUUCCUCGUUUUUCGUUACCUUCAGGAAUCAGGCUUCACACACUCAGCUUUUGCUUUAGGAUAUGAGGCCGGUAUCAACAAAAGCACUAUAGAUGGCAAUUUGGUUCCACCUGGUGCCCUCAUUACAUUUGUACAAAAAGGACUUCAGUACUUGGAGAUGGAAGCUAACUUGAGUAAUAGUGACGCAGAUUUGGACGAGGAUUUCUCAUUGAUAAACCCUUUAGAUCUUAUCACAAAGGAUUUAUAUCAACUUAGGCAAAUGAUUAAAGAGAAAAGGAAGAAUUUACAGAAGGAUAGAGACAAAGAUAAAGAGCGUGAGUCUUAUAAGAAAGAUAAGGAGCUUGAAAAAGAACAUGAAGGAGAGCGGGCACGAGUAAAAGAGAAGGAAAGGCAAGAAAGGGAGAAGGAAUUUGAAAAGGACAGAGAGAGGAUAGAAAAGAAUAAGGAGCAAGAAAAACAGCAUGAGGACCACAAUGACAGAGAUAUGGUUACUGAUCAGGAAGAGAAGAUUAAUGUCAAACAUGAAGACAAUGGAGCUUCUGGAGAACCAAUGGAUAUUCCUACAACAGAUGUUGAAAUCCCUAGUUCUGAUGUGACAAUUCUAGAAGGCCAUACUUCUGAGGUAUGUGCUUGUGCUUGGAGUCCAGCAGGGUCCCUUCUUGCAUCAGGGUCUGGAGAUUCGACAGCUCGUAUUUGGACCAUUGCUGAAGGAAGCUCCAGAUUGUCACAAAACGGCUCCUCAAAUGUGUUGGUUCUGAAGCAUGUUAAGGGUAGAACAAAUGAGAAGAGUAAAGAUGUCACGACACUGGAUUGGAAUGGAGAGGGAACACUGCUUGCAACGGGCUCGUAUGAUGGGCAAGCAAGAAUUUGGACUACAAAUGGUCCAACACUUGAUGUUGACUGGCGGAACAAUAAUUCAUUUGCAAUGAGCUCAACAGACAAUAUGAUAUAUGUUUGCAAGAUUGGGGAAACCCGCCCUAUUAAAACUUUUACAGGCCAUCAGGGUGAAGUUAAUUGCGUUAAAUGGGAUCCAACCGGUUCAUUGUUGGCUUCAUGUUCUGAUGAUAUCAGUGCAAAGAUAUGGAGCAUGAAGCAGGAAAAAUAUGUCCAUGAUUUAAGAGAGCAUUCUAAGGAGAUAUACACUAUCAGAUGGAGUCCCACUGGGCCGGGAACAAACAACGCUAACCAGCAGUUAGUUCUUGCAAGUGCAUCGUUCGACUCCACUGUGAAGCUAUGGGAUGUGGAACUAGGAAAACUUCUCUACAGCUUGAAUGGACACAGGGAUCCUGUUUAUUCUGUUGCCUUCAGCCCAAAUGGUGAGUAUUUGGCCAGUGGAUCUCUUGAUAAAUCCAUGCAUAUCUGGUCACUGAAGGAAGGCAAGAUCGUGAAAACAUACACAGGAAAUGGCGGUAUAUUUGAAGUCUGCUGGAACAAGGAAGGUGACAAAAUUGCUGCAUGUUUUGCCAACAAUACUGUCUGCGUUUUAGAUUUUAGAAUGUGA